AUGGAUAUUCACCGCUGUCGAUUCGUUUCCUACAAUCCGCAGGCGAUCAACUCGCUUGCAUUCUCGCAUCCCCCUUCCGCAGAUCUUGCCGGACGAGGUGUCCCUACCCUUCGACUCGCGAUCGGUCGUGCGAACGGCGACAUCGAAAUAUGGAACCCGUUGCGCGGAGCCUGGUUCCAGGAGACCGUGCUGCGUGGAGGAAAAGACCGAAGCAUUGAAGGCUUGACUUGGACUCAAGAUCCUCAUGAGGACGGACCCUCGGGUUCCAAGCUGCCUGGCAAGUUGCGCCUGUUCAGCAUUGGCUACUCUACGGCCGUUACAGAGUGGGAUCUCGAGCAGGGACGUCCUCUGCGUCACUCGAGUGGAAACUACGGUGAAAUUUGGUGCCUUGCUGCGCAGCCUCAUUGGCAACCUACCAAGCGAGGUGCAAAUGGAAAAUUCCUUCCUCCCGCCGAGGGCGAAUUCCUUGGCCAGCACCUGGCAGCCGGUUGUGCAGAUGGAUCAAUUGUGAUCCUGUCAACGGCAGAUAAUGACCUGAGAUUCCUCCGUCUCAUGCGCCCUUCCACGAAGAGGGCCCGAGUUCUCAGCAUCACCUUCCAGAACCGGAACACCAUCGUCGCGGGCUAUGCUGAUAGCUCUAUUCGUAUCUUCGAUAUUCGCAAUGGUCAACAACUGCGGACAAUUUCGCUUGGAAAGGGACCUGCGGGUGGCCCGAAGGAGUUACUGGUUUGGUCUGUCAAGUGCCUGCCAGACGGCACGAUCGUCUCUGGUGAUUCUGCGGGCGAGAUCCGGUUCUGGGAUGCCAAGAACUACUCUCUUAUCCAGCGGAUACAGGGCCAUCUCGCUGAUGUUCUUGACGUGGCCGUGAGCGCGAACGGCGAUACCGUCAUUAGUGGUGGCGCGGAUCAGAGAACAGUGGUUUACCGCAAGAAGGACGUUGAGACGGGUGAUAAGAAGAGCCGUUGGGCGGAGGUCAUGCAUCGUCGAUACCAUACUCACGAUGUCAAGACAUUUGCCGUCUACGAGACGAAAGAGAUCAGCAUUGCUGUGUCUGGAGGUCCCGAUGCGACGCCGGUUGUCCUCCCCCUCCGUGAAUUCGGCAAAGAGCACCACCGUAAACUCUCCAGCCUGCCGCAAAUUCCUCAGCUUACUUCCGCAUCAUCCUCUCGCCUAGUGAUGAGCUUCUGGGAUCGAGAGGUCAGUCUCUGGCGGGUCUCUCGAGGCCCUGCUUCUGUGAACGAGCAUAUCGAUGGCCAGAGGCAUAGGCUUGUUGCGAAGGUGAUGAUUCAGGGCGAAGAAAAUAUUACUUCCGCUAUGCUAUCACCAGACGGCAAGCUCCUUGUCGUUGCUACAAUUUCCGACGUUAAGCUGUUCACUGUUCGCCGACGCAAGGGUGAUGAGAAGGGCGCCCUGCGCAUUCAGAAGAUUGAUAUUCCCAAAUCUCUAUCUGGAGACGGCGCUCGUCUGGUGACUCUCUCCCCCGAUAGCCGGUGGAUCUGCAUCGUCCGUCCCAACAGUGGUGUUUAUGUGGCUCGCGUUCAAUCAGCCUCUUCGACUACCGACAAGCCCGAAAUUACGCCGCAGCUUGCACUUCUUAAGCGUGUCAAGCGUCAUACACGACACGAGAAGGCCUCUCAUGGUACUCUCGGUGACUACGAAAGGGUGGUCCGCUCCGCUGUAUUCUCGGAAGACAGCAAGAUCUUGGCCACCGCUGACCUUUCAGGAUGUGUUGAUACUUGGGUCCUGAACCCGGUAGCGGAUUCGGGCGCCAACGGUCACUCUAAGUCCAACGGCGUCUCUAAGACGGAUGGUGAUUCAUCCGACGACGAGGAUGACGAGGAGGAUGUUGUCUUCGAGGGUGAACGUUGGCAUACCGCAGCUUCCGAGUCCCCAAUUCCCCGAAUGAAGGCAGGCAUCACCUUGCUGUCCUUCCGUCCUCAACAGUCCUCAUCAAAGGUCUUGACCAACGGCAACAGUUCCUCGACCGGAGAGGAUCGCCUGAUGGUCGUGACCAGCGAGCACCAGCUGAUUGAAUUUGAGGCUCGCAGCGGCAAGCUGUCAGACUGGUCUCGACGCAACCCCAAGGCUUACCUCCCAGCUGAGUUCCGGGGCGUUAAGGACCGUGCGAUGGGCUGCUUGUGGGAUCUCUCCGAGGGCCGUGAGCGCGUCUGGCUUUAUGGAACUUCCUGGCUGUGGAUGUUCGACAUGCUGCAAGAUUUCCCCUCCCCCGAGGAAUUCAAGGAGGAGGACGAUGAAGCCUCCCAGCAGCUCGUCAAGGCCUCCAAGCGCAAGCGUGAUCCGUUCGAGGAUGAUGAGAAGGACCGCAAGAAGCCCAACAGCGGUGCUGGUGAUAAGAUCUCCCGUGCUCAGAUGGAUAUCCACCUUGGAACCAAGGUGCGCAAGAUCGUCGGCCACGAUGAGUCGCAGGGCGAGUGGAUCUCGCUCGAUCAAGAACGCUCCCGCAACCCCGAGGAUGACGAGGCUUACGAGUAUGACGAAAGCUUUGCUGCAACCAAUCAAACCGCCCUGGCCCGUCUCCGACGCGAGGACGGCACCGCCGUGGAACUUGGAACUCCCCAGAAGAGCUCCAAGGGUAAAUUGAUCGCCGGCAUCAAUGGGGCUGCAGACACCCCGAAGAAGCAGCUAGUGGCAGCCAAUGGCACCGCCUCUCAGCCUCCACGCCGCUGGUGGCACACAUAUAAGUACCGUGAUAUUCUUGGAAUUGUCCCCCUGGGUGGCGUGUCGGGCGAUGACUUGGAGGAGGAGGACCAGAGCCCGUCCGGGACCCUGGAGGUGGCCGUGGUGGAGCGGCCGAUGUGGGAUGUCGAGCUACCCGGUCGGUACUUGAGGGACUAUGAGUAG